AUGAACCCAGCACAGAUUAAUUGGUUCUUUACCGAGUCCCAUCAUACUGAAAUCAAAGUGCCUGACAUAGGCGGAUGGCUCUUACCGCUUGCCUUCAUAUUGCAAGUGACAGCAGCCUGCCUUGCAUCCUCUGUGGUAUGCACCCAAGAUGUAACCCUGUGUCACCAGCUAACGUACAUAGUAGCAGCUCCUGAGACGACCAGGGCUCUAAACCUUACGGAUGGAGACCUCUCUUCAGUAGAGCAUACCGAUCUGACUCUUCUGGUUAACCUGGCCCUGCUCUCUCUGAGCCGAAAUGCUAUCUGUGGAAUUCAGGAAGGCUUCCUGCACCACCUCACCAAACUUCGGACCUUGUCUCUGGGCCACAACCACAUCCCCAGUUCUUCUCUGUCGGGCCACACCUUCAGCAAGCUGCGAAGCCUACAGGUCUUGGUGCUGAGCCAUAAUCCCCUCCACAGCCUGAGAGCAGCCUGAUUCAGGAACACCAAGGCCCUGAGCCGACUCUUGCUGGAUGGAAAUCAGAUCACCAGUCUCAUGCGGGGUUCUUUUAAAGGUGCGAACCUCCACAGACUCAGACAUCUGGACUUAUCUAACAAUUAUAUUUCCUUCAUUGAGAAGGAUGUCUUCCAGCCCGUACCCCAACUGCAGGAAGAGGAUCUUUCUAGAAACAGGUUGGCUCGCAUGCCAGAUGUCUUUACCCGGCUAAAGCAGCUGAGCCUCCUGAGCUUGGAGGGGAACCACUGGAGCUGCACCUGUGACCUUUACCCGCUAGCCCGCUUUUAAAGAAACUUCGCGAAGUCUAUGGCUCUCACACUUCACAAUAAAAAGGACCUAAACCGUGAGGUGCUCUCCCCGACUGUGGCCACUGCAAAGAGCAUGCUGAAGCUGUCUGAGACCAACUGUGAUUCCAAGGGUCAUAAUGUCACCCUGACUCUAAAGGACAGGCGUCCCCUCCUCCCAGGGCAGGAUGUGGCUCUCAUCACUGUGCUUGGCUUUGCAGGAGCCAUUGGUCUUACAUGUGCAGGGUUAAUCAUAUUUAACUGGAAACUCCAACAAGGCAGAGCAAAUGAACGCACAUCCAAAAACCGUUGUUGCAGAACUCUCAAUGAAUCCCUGUGUGCUCAUGAAGCAAGAAAUGGCCAUGCUGUGGGGUACUGUAACUGCCACUUAACUCGAGAAAAUGAGACAGAGGUCAUGUCCGAUGUGGGCUCCAGAAAGGAAACACCACUUAGACAGGAAAACAGUCAUCAAGCAAUGCUGGCCUCCAAGUCCACAGCUCUGGAUGUAUCAUUCAGAAAGCUGAAAGGGAGAGACCAUGGGGCACACAGUGCUCGCUCUUGCCUGGGCGAUGAACUGCUACAGGCAGGAUGCUUGGGGCCUCCUGGGAAAAAGGAAGCUCUUUAUGAUGCAGACUUAGUGACAAGAUGUAGUCCAAAGACAGCUGAAAAGCCAAACAACCAGAAACAUGGAGAAGUCCAGUCUCAAAUCCUGCCACAGCAUGGAACUAGAGCAAUAGAUAUGAACAGUGACACAUUUAGAAGCAGAUAUGAGACGUCCGCCUCAACCUUGGCAAGAGUGAGUCUUGUGAAGCAUUUAACAAAUGAAUCAUGGCAGUCUCCAAUAGGGAAAGGAGACAACGCUGCACAGAGACUCUUCAUCACCACUUCAUCCUCUGAGCGACGGGCGCCAGGGGAAUGUGUUGACGGCAGGAUUGCCCACAGACAUAGAAUGGGAUAUGACCAUCAUCAGGACCUUCUAAAGUGGAGCAAGCCUACAAAUUCUCAUCCCAACACUUCCUUUGCCUGCAAAUAUGUGCCCUGGGAUGCAUUUCAAGAUUUUGUGAGAGAGAAGAAACCGGAUAGAAGACAGCAUACAGAGUCUGAGAAGCAUCAAAUUCAAAUUAACAGAGCAAUAGAAAAAUUCCUCAGGAGUCAGGGCAACAAAGACAAACCAAGGUCCUCAGCAAAAAUCAAGAAGGCAUAUUCUACAAAGAGAGUUAGAUUCCAGGACCCUGACUUAGUCAGGGCAAAAGGGCUGGUGGUGUCAGCAGAAACACCAGUCUCCUGGAGACAGCGAGAUAAGGAAAGCCAACACCCGACUUCCUUGGAUCUCAAAAACUGUACCAGCCUGGAGGAGGUCAAGGAAGCAAGGGGAAAUCUUCUGGAGCAACAAGCUCCGAAAAAGAAGAGACUCAAGCCCUCCCAUCUGAGGGAGAAAGUGAAGGGACAGAAUUUAAGGAGAAAGGUAGAUCUGCACCCCUUUAGAGAAACUAGGGUCUACCCAGAGGAAACUACAUCAGAACCCACCAAGCGACAUAAACAAACAAGGUUACCUCCCCAGAGACCAGCCAGAACUUCUGAGAGAAGAUUCAAAGCAAAACCUGUGUCUUUUGUCAGUUCUCAGUUGCCAGAGAGGAGCAUCCACGCUAAGCUCACUUGCUCAAAGGUGCCACUGGAACACGCCCUAGAUCAGAACCCUUAUCAGGAAAGAAAUGGCACCUUCAGAGCUGACAACGUGUCUGUAGACAACAGGGGCUCUGAGCAGGGCAGCUGCUGCCCAAUGGGCCACGAUCCUAAUGGGAGCUUAUUAAUGGUGCCUCAGCCCUCAGUCAGGGUUGCUGAGCACCACCGCUCACAUCCUCUUCUCUCAACUGAGCAAAUGGAAAACGUCACUCGUCCACAAGGGGAAGUUCUUGGCCCCUUCACAGCCUGCUUGGGAAAUGGAGAGAAUAGUGUUUUACGAUCUCAGCACUCCAGGGGGGUUAUUGACCAUGCGGUAAUGGUGUCCACUCAACACACGGAACAGGACAAAUUGAAGAUCAAUGAGUUAAACCAGUUUAUUUUGUCCCUUGGUGACAAGGUGAUUGACACCUUCAGUGAAGAUCACAUUUUGGAUGAGAAUCAAGCUUUACAACAGAAAGAGGAAACGUCAAGCCAUGAACAGCACGGAAGUGUGGAAAAACCACUAAUGAAUACCAUCAACAUAUCCCAGGGAAGAGUAGAAAAUUGUAUUAUGGAUGGGAAAGAGAUUGAUGUAGGAAACAAGAUUUCUCACAUAGAGGAUCUUGUACCCUCUCCCACUAUACAACCGUACAAUAACCUGCCAUCCAUGGUGCCACACUGUCUCCCACACCAGCACAACUGCAGUGGGAGAGGAACGGACACCAACACCCUAUCGCAAGGAGAUAAUGGUGGCGAACCACCAUGGAUGCAGGCAGGUGCGGGAGAGCAGAGACAAACACUCCAGGAGAGGGAUGCAAAUUUUCAUGCAGCAAGUUGGACAACACAAAUGGGCCCCACAGAAGAAAGGCAGCAGACACUGGAAGGUUCAGGGAAGGAGAAAGUUGUGUUGUGCUACCCCAGCUCUGACAAGGAGAGCAUUUCCAUUAAAGACUUGAGAAAAGUCAAAACCAGCAAGCCACAGGAUGAGAUAGAUCUUCAAACUCACAAUCGUGGGCCUCAUUGCAGAUACCCCGGAGAUAACCAACCAGAUAGAGAUGACAGGGGAUACAGGGAAGCUGCAGGGUCAGGGGGGAAACCAGGAGCUCCUUAUCUCUCACAAGAGUUAAAUGUCAUUUAUUCUGAGGCAGAAAACAAGCAAAACACAGAGCAGAUUGAAUGGCAAGAAGAAGAAGUUACUCAAGCUUCAUCCUGUGGGAAGGUUCAUUUUCCUCUGAAAGUUCUACGGACAUAG